AUGGGUCUCCACUCAAGUUUGCCCAUUGUACCAGGAUUAUCACACCCACGGCCAUUAUACCAAACUAACAAUUAUUCACUUUUGCCAGAGGUUUCCACUGUUACCCCAAGUUGGUCAUAUAGGCCUGCUCCAGAGGUAUCUACUGUUGCCCCAAGUUGGUCGUAUAGGCCUACUCCAAGAGUACCCCCCUCUACCCUCCCUGCCACUCGUGUUUCGUCUAGUUCUCCAUCAUAUUCUUAUUCUUCCGGUGUCUCAGAACUUGGAGAAACUUCUAGUCCUUCUCGGACAGAGCUUUCAGAGAGACGCAGUACAAUUUCAACUAUUGCUGAAAUGGCCGAAGAAGCAGGCUCUUCUUCCUCUGCCCUACAGGAGAAGGCGGAUAUGAAAACUGCCCAGGAAUUGGCAGACCUGGAGAAACUGUCGGCGCAGUAUGAACCAGAUGUCACUGGACCUCUUGUUGGAGAAUUACAAUCUAGCAAGAUUCUAGAAGCCGAAUAUGCAGAUGCUGACCCGGUUUACGUUCGAAAGACCGCUGCACUUUCGCCCACAUAUACAAACUACCGCACCAUCAAAGGUGAUGGAAACUGUGGCUGGAGAGCCCUGGCCUUCGGCUGGUUCGAACUACUCCUUCGGACUGGUGACGAAAAGAGGAUUGAAGAGGAACACAAUCGCAUUGAGGCCCUCUGCGCAAUGAUGGAUUCUGUUGGCAUGGCCGACUAUCUCUACGAAGACUUUGUCAUUGAAACGAAGAACCUAUUGAAAACUAUCGGGAAAUCCCCCGUAGUCGAUGAUCCUUAUAACGACAAAGUGCUCGUGAAGGCAUUCAAUGAAGACGAGAUCAGCAAUUCAAUCAUAACCCACCUGAAGCUCCUUACAUCUGCGUACAUGAAGUGUCAUCCAGAUGCCUAUGCUCCAUUCCUGAUCGAUCACCCUACCAUCGACGAUUAUUGUGGUGCCCAAAUAGAACCAUAUGGAGUUCAGAUCGACCAUCUGGGUAUCAAAGCUCUCAUUGACGUUCUAUUCUUCCCUGCAAACCUCAGUGUUGAGAUAUCCUACCUUGACCGCAGCGAUAGUGACGAGGUCAAUGUCCACACGUUCGAACCCGAUGAUGGAUUGAAGCCUAAUAGGGAGGGCCAAAUAGAAAGCCCACUUAGACUGCUGUAUCGUCCAGGACAUUACGAUUUGAUCUAUAAGAACAGGGAUUUGGCACCACCGAGUUUGCCAACCUCUCCAGCGAUUAGCUCGAAGGCCCCACCUGGGUUGGGAAGUGUUCGUGUCUCGAUGAUGUUGGGUCAAGAAUACACGCAAAACCCACUUCCUUACUAUUCCCUGAUCCCGGGAAUCGCAAACUCGCCUCAUGAUAUCUGCGGGCACUGCUUUCCACCUCUGCGAGCAUAUCGGAACCAUGACGGUAGUCAAAGUACUCUUCAAGCGAUCAAAAAAGAAAGUGAAGCCGAAACGGAUCCGCCAUUGCAAACGAAGAUGUUCAAAAACUCACAUUACAAUACUCGCCAUUUUCAAAAUGACCAUUUUCAACCAGAGAUGUGGGGUCCCGAUCAGAUCGAGAAUCGUAGACCUCAAGGCUCAAAGCGGGCAUUCUGGAAGAACUUCAAGCAUUAG